GUUAGUAGUUGGGUUUGUUGUAAACGUACGCAACGCAACAUAUCCGAUAUAAUACAUACCUAUGUAGAUAAGAUUAUUGCUAUCUAUUGAUUAGUUCUUUUUUGACACAAAAAAGUAUUCUUUUACAGAUCGUGUAAAGCAUAGAUUCAAGAAUGCUUCAAAUUCAAUUACAAAGUGCACCGGAAAAUUCGUAUAUUAUAGAAAACCAUAUUACAGACAUAGAUUUACCCGUCUAUAACGACAGAGAUGGUGCAGCAAUUUCAAUUCAGCCGCAGAAUACUGAUCACAAUAAUGCCGUCCCCAGAAGACCUAUACCAGUUUCAACUGUAGAUUGGCAAACAACAAACAUUUCGCAAUUUAUACCAUUGCACGGUUUGGAUUUUUUGAGAGGCGCGGAACAGCUUUACAUUCAACAAACAAUUGAGCUUACUGAUUUAUUGGCACAUUUAGAAUCUGAAAGUCGAUACACAGUAAAAGUGCCUCAUGGUGAAACGUUAUACUAUGCCGCUGAACAAUCCUCGUCGUUUCAACGGUUGUGUUUCGGAACAUCUAGAUCGUUUGUUAUGAAGUUGUAUGACCAAACUCAACAAGAAGCUUUACAAUUUCGAAGAAGAAGCUCAUGUAUUUUCUGCUACGCACAAAGUUUAGAAGUUUGGCUGUCUCCGGGAGAUUUUGUGGGGGUUGUAAAACAGCAGUUGAAGUUGUCUGUACCGACAUUCAAUAUUUAUAAUAGAGAUAAUGACAUUGUAUAUCGCAUUGAAGGUCCUCAUACGUUUGCAUGUACUUCGUUAGGAAAAGAUGCUCAUUUCAAGAUAUUCACUGCUGAUGGAAUGACUCAAGUAGGAAGCGUAAAUCAUCAAUGGGAUCAGUUACAAGUUGCAUACAAUUUAUGUGUCCAGUUUCCCAGCCGCACCACUGACACAAAGCAUAAGGCUCUUUUACUAGGAGCAGCAUUUUUAUUGGAAUAUAUGUAUUACCAAGGCUCAAAACUAUUAAGGUGUAGAUGCUAACAAUGGAGUAGGUAUCUUCUUUUAUUGCAAUAUACCUGGCUCGCUUGUAUUCAAUAUGCGAUAAAUGGCUACGAAACGAUAUUGUUUUACUUACCUGCAUGUGACUUUAUACUUCUUAUGAUGUAGAUGCUUUUGAACAUAUUGAUUAGGUACAAUAUUUAAAUUAGUUUUGUGACUUGAACCGAUUCUUUACCUACAUAUAGCAUAUUGAAUUAAAUAUAUCUCUUUAAA